UUGGUGAGAAAAUAUAAAGCGCCGUCCCUCGAUUUGCUCCCUUUAUAUCUGGGCUGUGUCUCGAUUUGAGAAAAAAAACAGAGACAAUUCAAAAUUUGAAAAUUUUGAACUCUGAAGAAGUGUCUCCGUCCGUACAGUAAUGGCUUUCGCUUCUUUCGUUGGGAGAGUGCUUUUCGCUUCUGUGUUCAUUCUCUCUGCUUGGCAAGAGUUCAAUGAUUUUGGUGUUGACGGUGGCCCUGCAGCAAAGUCUUUUGCACCAAAAUUUAACGUUUUCUCAAGACAUGUUUCAUCUAAUACAGGGUUUCAAGUACCACCAGUUGAAAUUAAGCAUUUAGUUGCUGCUGCCAUAGCUGUGAAGGGUCUUGGAGGCCUUCUAUUCAUCUUUGGCAGUUCUUUUGGUGCUUAUCUUCUGCUUCUGCACCAGGCUGUUGUUACUCCAAUAUUGUACGACUUCUACAACUAUGAUGCUGACAAGAAGGAAUUUCAUCAGCUUUUCACAAAGUUCACACAGAACUUGGCAUUGUUCGGGGCAUUGCUCUUCUUCAUUGGCAUGAAGAACUCAAUUCCAAGGAGACAGCUCAAGAAAAAGACUCCCAAAUCAAAGACAAUGUAGAAAGUAACAUUUGAGACACGAAAUUAUGGCCAGGUGUUUAUGUUUUGAGUUUUGCCCAAAAUCUAGUUUUGUAUGUUCGUAUCAGAUUUUCCUCUUGUAGAGGUUAGGGAUCUAUAAAGGAGAAAAAGGAAGGGGAGUUUUAGUUCUGCUAUUGUUAUCUACUCUGCCAUUUUAGGACCAAAAUUGAGGUUUAGUUGUGAUCUUUGACGUCCAGUUCUCUUUUUAAGUUUGAUGUUCUACACCAAUUUGAAUUUAAAGGUCUAAUGUGAAAUGUGUCAGUUCUCUCCUGCUAGGCUUGUAGAGAAUUUGAUGUUGAA